CACUUCCUCCAGAGCAGCUUGGAACAGGAAGCACCGUGCCCUCCCCAUCGGGGCUCGCCGGCUCGACCGCUCAACCGUGCAGCAGCCGGUACCGACGAGGCUGACGCCCCUCCCUGCCCAGCCAGAAUGCCUCACCGAAGUCACCAGGGCAUCAGCGGGGACAUGCUGUGCCAGCGCGCCCUGCUGCUCACACUGGGGGCUCUGCUCUGCCUCUGGUCGGCCCUCUGCCAGGAGUGCACCAAGUACAAAGUCAGCACGUGCCGGGAGUGCGUGGAGUCGGGCCCGGGCUGCGCCUGGUGUCAGAAGCUGAACUUCACCGGGCUCGGGGAGCCGGACUCUGUUCGCUGCGACACCCGGGAGCAGCUCCUGUUGAAGGGCUGUGUGGCUGACGACAUCAUGGACCCCAGGAGCCUGGCUGAGACCCAGGGGGACAGGAAGGGCAGCCAGCAGCAGCUGUCCCCACAGAAAGUGACACUCUACCUGAGACCAGGUCAGGCGGCUGCCUUCAAUGUGACCUUCCGGCGGGCCAAGGGCUACCCCAUCGACCUGUACUACCUGAUGGACCUCUCCUACUCCAUGCUGGACGACCUCAUCAACGUCAAGAAGCUGGGGGGCGACCUACUCCGGGCCCUCAACGAGAUCACCGAGUCCGGCCGCAUCGGCUUCGGGUCCUUCGUGGACAAGACGGUGCUCCCCUUCGUCAACACGCACCCCGAGAAGCUGAGGAACCCGUGCCCCAACAAGGAGAAGGAGUGCCAGCCUCCCUUCGCCUUCAGGCACGUGCUGAAGCUCACCAACAACUCGAACCAGUUCCAGAGGGAGGUCGGGAAGCAGCUCAUUUCCGGAAACCUGGACGCCCCCGAGGGCGGGCUGGACGCCAUGAUGCAGGUCGCCGCGUGCCUGGAGGAAAUCGGCUGGCGCAACGUCACUCGGCUGCUGGUGUUUGCCACGGACGACGGUUUCCACUUUGCGGGUGACGGGAAGCUGGGCGCCAUCCUGACCCCCAAUGACGGCCGCUGCCACCUGGAAGACAACACAUACAAGCGCAGCAAUGAAUUUGACUACCCGUCAGUGGGCCAGCUCGCACACAAACUGGCUGAAAACAACAUCCAGCCCAUCUUUGCAGUGACCAAGAGAAUGGUGAAAACCUACGAGAAACUCACCGAGGUCAUCCCCAAGUCGGCGGUCGGGGAGCUGUCGGACGAUUCCAGCAACGUGGUGCAGCUCAUCAAAAACGCCUACAACAAACUCUCCUCCAGGGUCUUUCUGGACCACAACAUGAUCCCCAGCACCCUGAAAGUCACCUAUGACUCCUUCUGCAGUAAUGGGGUGUCACAGGUGGACCAGCCCAGAGGGGACUGCGACGGCGUCCAGAUCAACGUUCCGAUCACCUUCCAGGUGAAGGUCACCGCCUCGGAGUGCGUUCAGGAGCAGUCCUUCCUCAUCCGCGCCCUGGGCUUCACGGACACGGUGACCGUGCACGUCGUCCCCCAGUGCGAGUGCCACUGCCGGGACAUGAGCCAGGACCGCCAGCUCUGCGGCGGCAAGGGCUUCCUGGAGUGUGGCGUCUGCAGGUGUGACGCUGGCUACAUCGGGAAGAGCUGUGAGUGCCAGACGCACGGCCGGAGCAGCCAGGAGCUGGAGGGCAGCUGCCGGCGGGACAACAACUCCAUCAUCUGCUCGGGGCUGGGGGACUGCCUGUGCGGACAGUGCGUGUGCCACCAGAGCGACGUGCCCAACAAGAAGAUCUUCGGGCGCUACUGCGAGUGUGACAACGUCAACUGCGAGCGCUACGACGGGCGGGUCUGCGGGGGCGAGGAGCGGGGCACGUGCGACUGCGGCAAAUGCCACUGCCGGGAGGGCUUCGAGGGCUCCGCGUGCCAGUGCGAGAGGUCCACCCGGGGCUGCCUGAGCGCCGAGGGCUACGAGUGCAACGGGCGCGGCCGGUGUCGCUGUAACGUGUGCGAGUGCGACGCGGGCUACCAGCCGCCACUCUGCCUGGAAUGCCUGGGCUGCCCAUCGCCCUGCGGCCGGUACAUCACCUGCGCCCAGUGCCUGAAGUUCGAGCAGGGCCCGUCGGGGAAGAACUGCAGCGCGGAGUGCGGGAACGUGGGUCUGCUGAGCGCGCCCCCGGAGAAGGGCCGCCGGUGCAAGGAGCGGGACCUGGACGGCUGCUGGGUCACCUUCACCCUGCGGCAGCGGGCGGGCCGGGACAGCUACGACAUCCAUGUGGACGACAGCCGAGAGUGUGUGGGGGGCCCCCAAGUCGCCCCCAUUGUGGGUGGCACUGUGUCUGGCGUUGUGGCCAUCGGCAUCCUUCUGCUGGCCGUCUGGAAGAUUCUGACCCACGUGAGUGACCUCCGCGAGUACAAGCGGUUCGAGAAGGAGAAGCUCAAGUCCCAGUGGAACAAUGACAACCCCCUUUUCAAGAGUGCCACUACAACAGUCAUGAACCCGAAGUUUGCCGAGAGCUAGGGCGCUCGGUGAACCAGGCGGAAACAGCCCAGCUCGCAUCUCCUCCAGGGACGGGGUCACAGUCCCCGACAAGUUCACCCAUUAACCUGAAACCCCACUGUCGUUUUCUGCUCUUGAGAUAAUAGGUAUGGUCGGUGACAAUAUGGACGUGUCCGAAGGGACAGCCUCCCCCUUCUGACGCGUCCAACCUUGUAGUAGAGACUUGAAGAAGGAAUCGCUUGGGUCUUACGAGGUUCGGUGCGUUUUCCUAUAAAACUUAGAGUGGCAAUCUCACUGUGGCACAGAUUUAUUUAUGUUCGAACUUACUGUGGUAUAAAAUCACCUUCCGUUGGUGACGUGUUUCCCAAUCGUGUGUAUGGAAGAAAUAAAGAAAACUUCAGGUGAG